CAGCCGUUAGUAGUAAGGACUAUGUAAAGAUGGCGGAGCUACAGAUGCUGCUGGAGGAAGAAAUUCCUGCGGGACGGAGAGCGUUACUGGACAGUUUUACGAAUCUGGAAAGAGUAGCGGAAUACUGCGAAAGCAAUUAUGUCCAGUCUGCAGACAAAGAACAAGCGCUGGAGGAGACCAAGAGCUACACCACCCAGUCUCUGGCCAGCGUCGCCUACCUUAUCAAUACGCUGGCCAACAAUGUGCUGCAGAUGCUCGACAUCCAGGCCUCGCAGCUCCGCCGCAUGGAGAGCUCCGUCAACCAUAUCUCACAGACAGUCGACAUCCACAAGGAGAAGGUGGCGAGGCGUGAGAUUGGCAUACUGACCACCAACAAAAACACAUCCCGCUCCCAUAAAAUCAUUGCCCCAGCCAGUCUGGAGAGGCCCGUGCGCUACAUCAGGAAGCCCAUUGACUACAGCGUGCUGGAUGACACUGGACAUGGAGUCAAGUGGUUGAUGAGGUUCAAGGUAAAUGGCCAGCAGAGUCUGAAACUUGGAGGAGGCCUGUCCCGGACUAACCCCCCGACCCAGAAACCACCCAGCCCUCCAAGGGCAGGAAAAGGAAUCUUGGGGCACAAGAACUCCCCCUACAGGACACUGGAGCCGGUACGCCCUCCCGUCGUGCCCAAUGAUUAUGCCUCCAGCCCGACGAGAAACAAUUCGGGUGCUGGACAGCUUCCGAGUCCGGUCCGCACCGCCACCCUGAACCAGCGACCCCGCACGUACAGUGGCAGCAGCGGAGGCAGUCACCCCAGCAGCAGCAGUCGCAGCAGCAGCAGGGAGAACAGCGGCAGUGGCAGCGUGGGCGUUCCCAUCGCCGUGCCAACGCCGUCCCCGCCCUCCACUUUCCCAGUCUCCCCGACUGCUGGACCGUCCAGCUCUUCGUCCACAGCUCCAAACUCCUCCCCUUCUCCCUCGCCGACUCCUUCCUCUUUCUCCUCUUCCUCCUCCACUGCCACCUUAACUCAGCCUAACGCACCCCUACCACCAAACUCACCCGCACACCAAGCCGACCCGUCUCCUCACACGAACUCCCAAACAAACGUACCGAACACCAACACCUCCCCGCCUCCUAACCCUUCUCCCAGCACCUCUGAAGGCCAGUCCCAAAUGUCUUCUCUUCCUCUUCCUGCUCCUCCUCCUCCUCCUUCACUCUCCACCUCUUCUUCACCUGCUGAAGGUCCCUUCGUCCCCCAAUUCUACAGCAUGAACCGGCCCCAACCUCGACAACAGACCCCACAGGUUGGGGGGUCACUUCCAUACCGCCGACCCCCUUCUGUGACUGGUCAGCCGAUAACCAACCACGUCAAUGGAGGACCCUACUACAACCAGAGCCCAGCCUCGCCUCCGCCUCCAUCGCUCCUGCAGUUCACCCCUCAGCUGCCUCUGAUGGGUUUCGUUGCUCGAGUUCAAGAAUCCAUUACAGAGGCUCCUCCUCCUCAACCGUUAGCAGACACCCCUUCAGGGCCUGAUGAGACUCCGUCCACCCCGAAACCUUUAGAGGACGGACUUGGUGAGGAAGACUCUAAAGUAGUGGAGUACAGCGAUCCGUACGCCGAAGAGGACCCGCCGUGGGCCCCCAGAAGCUACCUGGAGAAAGUGGUGGCUGUGUAUGAUUACACCGCAGACAAGGAGGACGAGCUUUCCUUUCAGGAAGGAGCGAUCAUUUACGUUGUCAAAAAGAACGAGGACGGAUGGUUCGAAGGGGUGAUGAACGCCACCACCGGCCUCUUCCCAGGAAACUAUGUCGAGUCCAUCAUGCACUACGCCGACUGAAACCGCCUGGGUCUCGCUCAUAGGUGGAGUUUAUUUAAUCUGCGACUCACUUCCUUUGAGCAGUAAAGGUGAACUUUGGCCGGCUUUUUAUAUGUUUCUCCUUUAGGUUCAAACUAUUCAAUUCAGUUGGAUAAUCUGAUUAUUUAUUGUUUUCGUUGGCUUGUUACAAAGUGUUUUAAUCUCCCAGAUUAUCUUCAAAAUGCACUCCAUUUAUCUCCGGUGAAUUUCAGGUGAUCUGCACACGAGGCUGGUCAUGUUUUACUAAUAAGUUAAUAACUUGCUAAUACACAACAUGUUUUAGCUGUGAGUAAAUCCAUUCAUCAGAAUGCUAGUUCUUCAUUCGUUCUUACCACAAAUACAGACACACAGUAACAAAAGAUAGCGAGAAGCCAGUGUGGAAAUACUCCUGAGAAAACUCUUCUUUUUCUUCCACAUUUUCCCGUUAUAUUGGUCAUAAAUCAGUGUAGAAUUAUUGGAACAGAUACGCAUGGCAAAAAAAAAAAAUCUUCUUGGCCUUUCCAAAAGUUGCACACUGUGCCUUGCACAAUUAUUCAUGACCUUUUUCGCAUUUUGUCACAUUUCAACCACAAACCUCAUUGUAGUUGGUUUGGAUUUGACUUCAUAGUCAAACAAAA